GUCGGAAGCCGCUGCCGCCGCCGGCGUCCCCUGCCUGUCCCCACCCGCCGGGUGCUGUCGGAGGUUGACAGGUCGUGGCAGGGAGGCGGCGGCGGCGGCAGAGCCGGGCACCCAAGACGGAGACCCCAUGGGGAACGCUCCGAGUAACAGCAGUGAAGACGAAGCGGCAGCCGCCGGGGGCGAGAGUUGGGGCCCACACCAGGACUGGGCCGCGGACUCGAGCACGACCCCUGGCUUGGGCCCUGCGGCCCCCGCGCUGCCUCCCGCUGCCGCGCUGCUGGAACCUGCCCGGCUACGAGAGGCAGCGGCUGCUUUGCGGCCCGCACCGCCCUACGAGUCGCUAGUGUCGAGGCACCACGGCGCGCUGCUACGCUGGUUGGAAGAGCGGCUGGGCCGCGGCGAAGAGUCCGUCACCCUUGAGCAGUUCCGGGAGCUUUUGGAGGCUCGUGGCGCUGGUUGUUCCGGCGAGCAGUUCGAGGAGGCCUUUGCCCAGUUUGAUGCUGAGGGUGAUGGUACUGUUGAUGCUGAGAACAUGUUGGAGGCCCUCAAGAAUUCCAGUGGAGCUAAUCUUCAGGGGGAGCUAAGCCACGUCAUCAGACAGCUACAAGCCUGCUCUCUUGUUCCAGGUUUUAUAGACAUAUUUUCAGAGUCAAAAGAAGGCCUUGGUGUUCACUCAUCAAUGAUACUUCGCUUCCUGCAUCGCAAUCGGAUCUCUAGCAUGGUAAUUCCCUACCCGAUGUUGGACCACUGCAAUAACAUGUGCACCAUGCGGUCUUCGGUUCUAAAGGAGUCUCUGGAUCAACUGGUACAAAAAGAAAAGGAAAGCCCUGGAGAUCUAACCAGAAGCCCAGAGAUGGAUAAACUCAAAUCAGUAACAAAGUGCUAUGCUUAUAUAGAAACAUCCUCCAACCCUGCUGACAUCGACAAGAUGACAAAUGGAGAAACAUCAUCCUACUGGCAGUCAGAUGGCAGUGCCCGUUCACACUGGAUUCGCUUAAAAAUGAAGCCAGAUGUUGUGCUUAGGCACCUGUCCAUUGCAGUUGCUGCCACUGAUCAGAGUUAUAUGCCACAGCAGGUGACAGUAGCUGUGGGGAGGAGUGCCGGCGAUCUUCAGGAAGUUCGAGAUGUGCACAUCCCCAGCAAUGUCACUGGCUAUGUGACACUGCUGGAAAAUGCCAAUAUCAGUCAGCUCUAUGUCCAGAUUAACAUAAAGCGUUGUCUUAGCGAUGGAUGUGACACUAGGAUUCAUGGUCUGAGGGCUGUUGGCUUUCAGAGAGUUAAGAAGUCUGGGGUCUCAGUCUCAGAUGCUUCGGCAAUAUGGUAUUGGUCUCUGCUGACAUCUCUGGUAACGGCUUCUAUGGAGACAAAUCCCGCCUUUGUCCAGACAGUGCUGCACAAUACUCAGAAGGCACUACAGCACAUGCCUCCACUUUCCCUCUCACCAGGAUCUACAGAUUUCUCCACUUUCCUGUCUCCCAAUGUCCUGGAAGAAGUGGACAGCUUCCUCAUAAGAAUAACUAGCUGCUGUUCUACCCCAGAGGUGGAACUGACUCUUCUGGCUUUUGCACUAGCAAGAGGAAGUGUUGCCAAAGUGAUGAGCUCUCUGUGUACUAUCACUGACCACCUGGACACAGGGUAUGAUGCCUCGUCCCUCAUCUCAUCCAUGGCAUCAGUCAGACAGAACCUGCUCCUCAAAUACGGUAAACCUCUCCAGUUGACUCUUCAGGCUUGUGAUGUCAAAGGAAAAGAAGACAAGUCAGGACCUGAAAACCUCCUUGUGGAACCGUGGACGAGGGAUGGUUUUCUUACAGAGACUGGAAAAACCAGAGCAAGUACUAUUUUUUCUGCAGGAACUGAGUCUGCCUUCCAAGUUACACAAAUCAGAAUCAUGGUUCGACGUGGCGGCAUUGGUGCCCAGUGUGGYCUGGUUUUUGCCUAUAACUCACCUUCUGAUAAAUUUCAUGCAGAGGAACACUUUAAGCGGUUUGAAAAAUAUGACAAAUGGAAGCUUCAGGAGCUCAGGCAAUUUGUAAAAAGCAGGAUUGGUUGCUCAUCUGAUGACCUGGGAGAGGAUGAUCCUAUUGGCUGGUUUGAGCUGGAAGAAGAGUGGGAUGAAGCAGAUGUCAAAUUGCAGCAGUGCAGAGUUGCCAAAUAUUUGAUGGUGAAGUUCCUCUGCACCCGUCAGGAGUCGGCAGAGCGCUUGGGAGUGCAAGGCUUGAGCAUCAGUGGGUACCUCCGGCCUGCAAGAGCAGAGGCAGAGCAAAACAUCCUCUGUGCCCACUGCAGAAAGGAUACAGAGAGUGUCUGUGGGGCCACCCUGCUCCUCAGGACYCUUCAGUUCAUCCAGCAACUCGCCCAUGACCUGGUGCAGCAAAAGGAAAGUGGCCUAAAAUAUAAAUCUUUUCUGGACUUUACGGGUCUUGAUUUGCAGAUCUUCUGGAAUUUUUACAGUAAACUAAAGCAAAACCCAAGGGAAGAGUGCAUAUGUGCCCAAACCUUGCUGCUGCGGCUCCUCCAGAGUUGCUUCUCAGUGCUGCAGGGAGAUGCACUGGCUGCCUCUGGGGAAGAAAAGCCUCCAACCCAGCGCCCUGAGGGAGUGGAGGCUGCCAAGGAGCUCUACAUACACUUAUGUGAUGUGGUAGAUAGGGUGGAUGGAGAUUCCAUGCCCAUGGAGAUAUUAAAACAAGAGGUCAGGAACACCCUUCUCAAUGGAGCUGCCAUCUUCUUUCCUGAUCGACAGACCCGACGGAACCAUCUCUUCACCAUGAUGAAGAAUGUCACUGAGCAAGAGCACAAGCAGUCCCUGCAGCUCACUUUCCGUUCACUAUGCACAUAUUUUAGUGAUAAGGAUCCAGGCGGCCUUCUGCUUUUACCUGAGAAAAGUGACCUGGCUGACAUGAACAUCAGUGAAGUCCUGGCAGUCAUGAACACMCUCCUCUCUGUUGCUGCUCGAGAGUGUGAGCUGUUGAUGCUCAGUGGGACCCAAGGGGAGGCUGGCUCUGUGCUCCUCUCCCUCUUCUGGUCUGUCCAAGGCAGCCUGCUCUCCUGGUGCUAUCUGCAGCUAAAGGCAACUGACACAGCAGCUAAAGGCCUGGCCGUGGACCUUAUCGAAAAAUAUGUGGCACAGUUUCUGGCAAGCAUGAGAGUGAUUUUGGAAUCCCUUUUGUCACAGUAUAGUGGGAAAACCAUAGUAGAAAAAUUAUGUAAUUCAGUGUUUUCGAUGGCAGCUCGUCAACUGGUCAUCUUCCUGUUGGACUUCUGCACUUUAGACAUUUCACACUGCACACUCUUGAGAGAGUUCAGUACCCUAACAGAGCUAUUGAAGAAGCUCUGCAGUGACCCUGAAGGAGGGCCAAAUAAGCUGGAUGUAGAGACCUGGCAGCAAGAACAGCCUGUGGUUCUGCAUACAUGGACCAAAGAGUCUGCCCACAACUAUGAAAAUAACUGCCACGAGGUGUCUGUCUUUGUUAGCCCAGGGGCAACCUAUUUUGAGGUGGAAUUUGACGAAAGGUGUGAAACUGAAAAAAGAUAUGAUUACCUGGAAUUUACUGAUGCUAGAGGUGGGAAAACACGCUAUGACACAAAAGUCGGCACUUACAAAUGGCCCAAGAAAGUGACCUUUAAGGAUGGUCCUCGGCUACAGUUCCUCUUUCACUCUGACAGCAGCAACAAUGAGUGGGGCUACAAAUUCACUGUUACUGCCUAUGGCCUGCCUGAUGUUGCUGUGUCUUGGGGGUUAGAUUUACAACUCCUUGUCUCCAGACUGAUGGGACGCCUCGCCUCCCAGUGCAUGGCACUCAAGUCUACGUAUCAGUUAGGAAGUAACAUGGUAAUACCACAGGCAAAAAUGGCUUCAGUCCUGAACUCUCCUUUGUGGAAACCUGUCUUCAGGCAUCAGAUUUGUCCAGAGUUGGAAUUAGAAGCAAGCUGGCCCACUCACCCACACCAGGAUAGGAAGGAGGUUAAGAGCAUCCCUGACGAUCCCUGCCGCCAUUUUCUCCUUGAUUUUGCCCAGUCAGAGCCUGCUCAGAACUUCUGUGGGCCAUACUCAGAACUUUUCAAAGGAUUCAUACAGGCAUGUAGAAAACAGGCCCCAAAGACAGAUAUAGUUGCUGGUUCCACUAUUGAUCAAGCUGUGAACGCCACCUUUGCUGCUCUGGUGUAUCGCACUCCAGACUUAUAUGAGAAGCUGCAAAAAUAUGUAAACAGCCRGGGCAAGAUAGCCCUGAGUGAAGAGUUUGCACAGGUGUAUUCUUUGGCGGAUGGGAUUCGAAUAUGGAUGUUAGAGAUGAAGCAGAAGUCCCUGAUGAGCCUGGGGAGCGAGGCAGAAGAAAAACACAGUUCGGAAGCGACUGAGGCAAAUCCAGAGAGCCUGGCAAAAGAGUGUAUUCAGAAAAGUCUUCUAUUACUAAAAUUUUUGCCCAUGGCUAAAAGUUCAAAAGAAAGCAGUGACAAGGUGAUGACUGCUGAUGAAACUGAUCAUCUCCAGCCACUUGACAGGCGCCAGAGGACAAGCUCUGUGGUCGAAGAGCAUUUCCAAGCCUCAGCGUCACCCACUGAAACAGCAGCCCCAACUGUAGGAGACAAGAGUCCUGGCUUGGAGAUCCCACCAAAGUUGCCACCCAGCAGUGGCCCUCCCACUGCAGAACCUUCUACAGCUGAAGAGCCCUCAUCACCUUCCACACCUACCCGGCGGCCCCCCUUCACUCGAGGGCGACUCCGGCUGCUGUCCUUCAGAUCCAUGGAGGAGGCCAGACCAGUGCCCACAGUGAAAGAGAAAUACCCAGUUUUAAAGGAUGUCAUGGACUUCAUUAAAGAUCAGUCAAUCUCUAAUGAGAGUGUUGUAAAGGUUCUUUCCUUGAGGAAAGCCCAAGCCCAGAGCAUCCUGGAAGUCCUGAGGAUAAUUCAGUACUGUACAGAGUCUCUUGGGCAGCCUCACUGCUUCCAUCCACCAUAUAUACUUUUCCUGUUGGAACUCCUGACCUGUCAGAAAGAUUUUACCAAUUACUUUGGACACUUGGAAGGCUGUGGUGCUGAUCUACACAAAGAAAUUCGAGACACUUACUAUCAACUUGUUAUGUUUUUGGUCAAAGCAAUUAAAGGAUUUAAUAGCAUAAAUGACAGAUCCCUGCUGCCUGCCUUAUCCUGUGUUCAGACAGCCCUGCUUCAUCUGUUGGAUAUGGGCUGGGAACCCAGUGACCUUGCCUUCUUCGUUGACAUUCAGUUACCAGAUCUCCUCAUGAAAAUGUCACAGGAAAAUAUAAGUGUCCAUGACAGUGUGAUCAGCCAGUGGAGUGAAGAAGAUGAGCUUGCUGAUGCCAAGCAAAACUCAGAGUGGAUGGAUGAGUGUCAGGAUGGCAUGUUUGAGGCCUGGUAUGAAAAAAUAGCCCAGGAGGAUCCAGAGAAGCAGAGGAAAAUGCACAUGUUUAUUGCUCGCUACUGUGACCUGUUAAAUGUGGACAUCUCUUGUGAUGGGUGUGAUGAGAUUGCUCCCUGGCAUCGCUACCGGUGUCUACAGUGCAGUGACAUGGAUCUGUGCAAAACUUGCUUCCUAGGUGGAGUGAAGCCUGAGGGCCAUGGAGAUGACCAUGAAAUGGUCAACAUGGAAUUUACCUGUGACAACUGCCAGGGUUUGAUUAUAGGCCGGAGAAUGAAUUGCAAUGUGUGUGAUGACUUUGAUCUUUGCUAUGGAUGCUAUGCCGCAAAGAAAUAUUCCUAUGGCCAUUUGCCUACCCACAGCAUCACGGCCCACCCCAUGGUGACCAUUCGGAUCAGUGACCRUCAGAGGCUCAUCCAGCCUUACAUCCACAACUACUCCUGGCUGCUCUUUGCCGCCCUGGCUCUCUAUAGUGCACACCUGGCCAGCACAGAGGUCGUAGAUGGGGAGAGACUGGACCCCCAGGCCCAUAGCAAUGCCAUCAUCCUGCGGAGCCAGUGCAUGCAGCUUGUCGGGGACUGUCUGAUGAAGGCUCACCAGGGGAAAGGUCUUAAAGCUCUCGCUCUUCUUGGUAUAUUGCCAGAUGGUGACUCUACACCAGAAAACCAAACCCUCCCACUUAGCGUACCUACCCGCACAUCAGAGGAACAACAGCUAGAGAAGAAAGUGGUCCAGCCUGCUGAGGAGCCGGCAGAGGCAGGCCCUUUUGUGCAUUGCAAUGGAAGGAGAGCUGCAGACAAGGAAAUCAGACCUUUGGAUUACAAGCAGAGAAGUAAGGCAAAUGCAGGUAUCUUGUUCAUGAAGGAUCAUUCAGGCCAGACCCACAUUCCAAAUGUACCUGCAGAUGCUCACAUACCUCCAGGAUUUCCAGAUGCUGAAAAUUCAGAAGUGUCACCUCAGGAGCCAAUAGAGGAAAAGGCAGUUACUCCCAACCCUGAGCAGGUGUUCGCUGAGUGUUCCCAGAAGAGGAUUUUGGGAUUACUAGCAGCCAUGUUACCUCCCCUAAAGUCGGGUCCCACAGUUCCCUUGAUAGACCUGGAGCACGUCCUCCCACUCAUGUUUCAGGUUGUCAUCUCCAAUGCAGGCCACCUGAAUGAAACCUACCACCUCACCCUGGGUCUUCUUGGCCAGUUAAUCAUCCGUCUUUUACCAGCAGAGGUAGAUGCCGCAGUGAUCAAGGUUCUCUCAGCCAAACACAACCUGUUUGCUGCAGGGGACAGUGUCAUUGUGCCAGAUGGCUGGAAGACCACCCACCUACUCUUUAGCCUGGGAGCUGUAUGUCUAGACAGCCGGGUGGGCCUAGACUGGGCAUGCUCCAUGGCCGAGAUCCUGCGGUCACUCAACAGUGCCCCUCUGUGGCAAGAUGUCAUUGCCACCUUCACAGACCACUGCAUCAAGCAGCUGCCUUUCCAGCUGAAGCACACCAACAUCUUCACCCUGCUGGUGCUGGUUGGCUUCCCUCAGGUUCUUUGUGUGGGGACCCGAUGUGUUUAUAUGGAUAAUGCCAAUGAACCCCAUAAUGUGAUCAUCUUGAAGCACUUUACUGAGAAGAACAGGGCUGUGAUUGUGGAUGUCAAAACUCGGAAAAGGAAAACAGUGAAAGACUACCAGCUGGUCCAGAAGGGAGGAGGACAAGAAUGCAGUGACUCUCAAGCCCAACUGAGCCAAUAUUCCCAGCACUUUGCCUUUAUCGCCAGUCACCUUCUGCAAACCAGCAUGGAUAGCUAUUGUUCCGAGGCUGUAGAAGCAACUUGGAUCCUAUCCCUGGCCCUCAAAGGUUUAUACAAAACACUAAAGGCUCAUGGUUUUGAAGAAACCCAUGCAACCUUUCUUCAGACUGAUCUGCUGAAGCUGUUGGUGAAAAAGUGCAGCAAAGGAACCGGUUUCAGUAAAACAUGGCUCCUCCGGGACCUGGAAAUUCUGUCCAUCAUGCUGUAUUCCUCAAAAAAGGAGAUCAGCACUCUGGCUGAACAUGGAGAACUUGAACUGGAUGAGCGAGGGGACCAAGAGGAAGAGGUGGAACGACCARUCAGUAGUCCUGGAGACCCAGAUCAGAAAAAGCUAGACCCUCUGGAAGGCCUGGAUGAGCCCACCAGAAUAUGUUUCUUGAUGGCUCAUGAUGCCCUCAAUGCCCCUCUGCACAUUCUCCGGGCCAUAUUUGAGCUGCAGAUGAAAAAGACCGAUUCUUUCUUCCUGGAAGUUCAGAAGAGGUUUGAUGGAGAUGAGCUCACCACAGAUGAAAGGAUACGGUCUCUGGCUCAGAGGUGGCAGCCCAGUAGAAGUUUGAGACUGGAAGAGCAGAGCGCCAAAGCUAUGGAUACAGACAUGAUUAUCUUGCCAUGCUUGUCCUGGCCUGCACGCUGCAACCAAGCCACUGCUGAAUCAAACCCUGUGACCCAGAAGCUGAUCUCCAGCACGGAGAGCGAGCUACAGCAGAGCUACGCCAAGCAGCGCCGUAGCAAGAGUGCUGCCCUCCUGCACAAGGAGCUGAACUGCAAGAGCAAGAGGGCUGUCCGGGACUACCUCUUCCGAGUGAAUGAAGCCACAGCUGUCCUCUAUGCCCGCCAUGUGCUUGCCUCCCUGCUAGCCGAGUGGCCCGGGCAUGUGCCCGUGAGCGAGGACAUCCUGGAGCUAAGUGGUCCUGCACACAUGACCUAUAUUUUGGAUAUGUUCAUGCAGCUGGAGGAAAAACACCAGUGGGAGAAGAUCCUACAGAAGGUGCUGCAGGGCUGCCGAGAGAACAUGCUGGGGACCAUGGCCCUGGCUGCCUGCCAGUUCAUGGAGGAGCCAGGAAUGGAGGUGCAAGUGAGGGAAUCGAAACACCCCUAUAACAACAACACCAGCUUUGAGGAUAAAGUUCACAUUCCUGGUGCAAUCUACCUCUCAAUCAAAUUUGACCCUCAGUGCAACACAGAGGAAGGCUGUGACGAAUUAGCCAUGUCUAGCAGCAGUGACUUUCAGCAGGAUCGACAUAAUUUCAGCGGGUCUCAACAGAAAUGGAAAGAUUUUGAGCUUCCAGGAGAUACUCUGUACUACCGAUUUACCUCUGACAUGAGCAACACUGAGUGGGGCUACAAAUUCACCGUGACGGCUGGACACCUAGGACGAUUCCAGACAGGGUUCGAGAUUUUGAAGCAGAUGCUGUCAGAAGAAAGGGUCGUGCCUCAUCUCCCAUUGGGCAAAAUUUGGGAAUGGCUGGUGGGCGUUGCUUGUCGCCAAACUGGUCACCAGCGACUAAAAGCCAUCCACUUACUUCUGAGGAUUGUGCACUGUUGCACCCACAGUGAUCUCUGUGACCUUGCACUGUUGAAGCCACUGUGGCAACUCUUUACCCACAUGGAGUACGGCCUGUUUGAGGACGUGACCCAACCUGGCAUCCUCCUCCCCCUGCAUCGWGCCCUCACUGAGCUCUUCUUUGUCACCGAGAACCGCGCCCAGGAGCUUGGCUUGCUGCAGGAGUACCUGCUGGCCUUAACCACGGACGAUCACCUUCUCCGCUGUGCAGCACAGGCUUUGCAGAACAUCACUGCUAUCAGCCUGGCCAUCAACUACCCAAACAAGGCCACCCGCCUCUGGAACGUCGAGUGUUAGCUUCCAUGUGAUAUGCAUGGGUCUCACUAACCUGUCCACAGGGGUUUAGAGCAGACAUCCAGCCUCAUUCAGGAAAACUCACAUGGCCUCAACGCCCAGCUUUCCUCAAGCUCACUUCAGAUGCCAGGCAGCCUCAUCUCUAAGAACUCCCUGCGUGCAGGCUCGGUGUGUACACAGGCCAUUGCACAUGAGAACAAGCAACACAGGGCAGAGUGACUUGAGGAAGGGCAGGCAAGGGGCCCUUGGGAAGGCUGUUGAGAGACCAGCCUCCUCCAGGGGCUGUCUGUACAGAAGCUUAUGGCAUGGGAAGGCCUGGAAGCAGCCUCUCUGGAAAGGUUCUAUCUCUGCUGAGCUGGAGCCGCCUGUACUCAUCAUAGGGGGAAGGCACCAGCCGCCCAGAGCCACCCUCACAGUGAGACUGCAGCAGUGGCAGCUUGGCUGGGAGCCCCCCUUGCUUUUUCUUCUUGAGACUCAGAAAUCAAAACCACAACUGGCACRAGCCCUGCCACCACCAAUCCCCGAGCAUUCCGAACAGAACAGGACCCAUUGUCCUAGAUCCUGCACUCCCAGCUGUCCCGGAGGAUUCCCCGGUGAAAACAAGUGCCCUUGGGAACAGCUAGCAGGCCACCUUGCACGUCCGCCCCAUACCAGCUCCCAGCACUUCAGAUUUUUUCAGAUGGUUGUUCUGACGUGUUUUAGUUUCCAUCUCGCAUUUUCAGAACAGAACUAUACUGACUCACCGAGAGGGCCCCUAGGGAAUGACCUGGGGCUUGGUGGCUCAGGGGACAAAUUGGUGUACGUGAAAGUAGCAGAGCUGGAGGAAUCCUCUAGCCUCGGUACCUGCAGGCUUGUAGUGCUUCAAAGGAGGUCUUAUUUUAGGAGAAAUGAUUUYAUUUCUGCUUGAUGGUCAUGGUAGUCCGUCACGUCUGCCACCGGUGGGGCCCUGCAUGGUUGCUUGGCUGUCACUUGUCUAGCAAUAACUACAUUAGUUCUAAUGAAUGCUCUUCUACAAUUUUAUUUUUAUGGUUUUAGCUUUGCCCUGAAGUGCUAAUUAUUCUCUUUCCAGAGCCACACUUUAGAGUGUGAAGCUGGAUUGGCAUGUGGGUCAUGGACCAGCCUCAGUGGCACUUGCAGGAGUGAAGAAUGCCUGAGGUGGCUAUCAUUCAAAGACAGGUGUCUGGGUUAGAGGCACAUCACCACACAAGGUCGAACCAAGGAAGGGCCAAACAUGACCAAUUGUAUUCACCAUGGCGCACUGUGCCCCUUGGCCUCAAUCUACAGAGGCAGAUCCGYGCAGCCGUGGGAGCAACUUCCUGCAAGGGCACUUUUGCUUCUGGCUGAGAAGACCAAGAUGCAUUGACCUUCCCAUCCUAGAAUUAGUUUCUCAGCCGAGCCCCAGGGUACAGGGAAAAUGGUCAGAGAGUGGGAGGUGCUGGGAUUCAGAUGGGACAGGAAGAAAGGCAGCAGUGACCUAAGGUGCACUGCCUUAAUGUUGGGGGUGAGGCCUGGCCUGGUUCCCCACUGCUGGGAUGUGGGGAGUUCUGUCCCCACAGGUUCGGUGGAAACCCCUUGCUCACCUUUUGCUGUUUACCAAACCAACCUUGCUCUGUGAGCUUCCUGAACACCAGAGAAGACCCAUGGUCCAUGCCACUCUCACCCAAAAAGGUCUCAAUUCAGAGAAGUUUCUAGAGAGGGCAAUCAAAGAUCAAGUCUCAGUGCUUGGAGGAGAGGCCCCACUGUGGGCUCAGACUCAGUGAAGCAGCCUGGAAAAUAGACAAGGAGAUGGGACCACCCAUACCCCUCCACACCUUGGACUGACCUGAGUUAAUCUGGGCAGAUGGGAAGGGCAGGGCAGAGUUGCUCCCUCAGCAGUGCCCACCAGCUUUACUCCACCCUCCCAGAAGGAAGAGAAAUUGUAAAUAAACGCUGGACUCCUCAGAGCUUCUCUCUGUUCGCCACCCUUGCUGUUUGGGUCUCUCUGUACUUCGUUUGCAUAGAACAAGCCUAAGUUUUCCCUUCACACAUAACUGCUGCCAUCUGGCAGGGCCUUUCCUGGCCUGGCCUGACCUAGCCUCCCUACAGACCAUCGCUGCCUCUGCUUCUGAUCACCAGGUGGCGCCGUCGAGCCAUACCCCACUUUCCUGGUCCCCAACCCAGAGCAGCAGAAUUCCAAAGGACUUCCAUCAAGGCCAACAUCCCUGUGACCCUUUUUAAGAAGCAAGACUGCUGGAAUGAGAUAAAACUGGCAGGAAUAUGGUGUCGUGGAAACAUGUGCCUAAUCUAUAAAGAAAUUCUGUUCUAAAUCAUAUAUUGUACAGACACUGUUCCUAAUGAGAGGAGUGACUUAUUUUCAUCAUCGUUUUUAAUUUGUUUUCUUACAGGUUUACGAUUUUGAAUUUUUCUUAUUUGGUUGAAAGAAAGAAUUUUGAUUAUAUCAGCUGAGUGAGUUCAGCCUAUAAAAAGGAUGUUAAGUUGUGGAUAAAAUAUGCAAAUGAAGAGAAAUAUAUUGUACAAAUUCUAUAUAAAAAAGUACAACUCUGUGUGAUUCUUUUCCCUCUCAUUUCUGUUUCUCUUUUGAAGAUUAUACUUAGAGUUUCUACCAAACCCAAACAGAUGGGAUAUAUAGAAUCUCAUGGCUUUGGGUUUGAAAGGAAUCAGGAAAGCUCUUUGGCCUCAUCAUCUCAGUGUCUGUAGAAUCCAACAGCCCCCUCUGCCACAUGACUAGGGUGGAUGCAAUCAGGACCACCUUCUCCCUCCCUCCUCAUACCUUCCAAGGGCUUGGAUUCACUUCAGACUAACCCUCCUUUUCAGGGCUCCUGAGGUCUCUGCACACAAAUGGUGUCCUGAGUGUAUUCCCCAGCAAGAUUUCUCAAUCCGAUCCCACUGUCCUUCACCCCUCCUGUGGCUCGAAAGACACAGGCUGGGAGGGGGCAUGAAGAGGAAGGCAGGGAUCAGGUCCCAGGACCAGCUACUGUCCUAGGAGUCAUUUCCCUCUUGCUGGCCUCUGAACCCAUCUUCUGACAACCGAGGGCUGAUUGUUUGCAGCCCUUGGGUCUCACGCUUCUCCCUCAUCUUUGUUUUGCCACAUACUGCACUGCCUGUUUCUCAGACAUUCCCCAGGGCCAAGAGCUGUCUUGCAAGUUAGAGGAGAGUGCCUUUUUGAUGGGAGAUGGACUUAGCUAGCUAUUGAAGCCCAUUUGUUCUAGCCCUACAAGCUUGACACAUAACCCUAAAGCCCCAAACUCUUCUGGGGAGUCCCUACCAUUACUGAGGCAGGGCAGAGGCCUGAUUUGGGGUGACAUUCAGGAGAACGGGGUGCUCCCAAGUCCCAGACUCUCCCUCUAGGGCUGAUAUUUGUGCCCUCCCCUCCUCAUCUUGUCACCUGGGCAUAAUGGGGCUUUACCCAGAAAAGCAGGUCUCUGUGUCUCUGAGCCCUGGCCACUGGUGAGACAGACUGCUUUGCUAAGCUGGAAAGCAUAGAAGAGUUGGGAAGUUUACUGCUAAGACCAGCACACGAUCUACAGAGACUCAGAAACACAAGACAAUUUGAACCCAAGCCUUUUAGCAUGGAAGAGAAAUAGGAUUCAGCCAGUCAAGCCUCCUUAUUUGAUAAAGAACAAGAUACUGUGAUAGUGUGGAAUGGGAGCAAGAAAGCACAGAGCUGAGCAAACUCAGCUCUGACUCCCAGCCCCUUGCUGCAGCCAUAGCCUUGUGCUCAACCACUCACCACGUCCACCCAGAACCAGCAGUGUGCCAGGGGUCAAGGCUUCCUGCAAAUCAUCCAGCUGAAAACCCAGCCUCUCAGACUGAGGCCAGCUUUCAACAUGGCUCUUCUAACUACUAUUUGCUACCUACUCCCCUCCUUCCCUGC